AAGCUUCCUGCCCAGGUGCACUCUACAAAACUAGAGAAGUUGUUAGGUGAGCGGUGAGGAGGAGUGUAGGUAGUGGGAAAAGACACGCACCCCUCCGCUCGCCCUCUAGCGCGGGCGGGCAAGACGCGCGCGCAAGGGAGCGGCAAUUGCACUGGGCCCCCAGAGCUGUGGGCACCAAUCAACGGUUGCCAUAGCAGCGUUUGACGUCAUCGUGCGUGUGGUGCCCCUGCUGCCGGGGCUGGUGAUUGGAGGAAACCCCGUGUCUGCGGAGCCGCUGUAGCCUGUGAGCAGCGAGAUCGAGGGAUAGUCUCAACCUCGCCGCUGCCGCCCAGAGACUACUGAGCCCCCGUCCGUCCGCCACCACCCAUUCCGGACACAGAACAUCCAGUCAUGGAUAAAAAUGAGCUGGUGCAGAAGGCCAAACUGGCAGAGCAGGCUGAGCGGUAUGAUGACAUGGCAGCCUGCAUGAAGUCUGUAACUGAGCAAGGAGCUGAAUUAUCCAAUGAGGAGAGGAAUCUUCUCUCAGUUGCUUAUAAAAAUGUUGUAGGAGCCCGCAGGUCAUCUUGGAGGGUCGUCUCAAGUAUUGAGCAAAAGACAGAAGGUGCUGAGAAAAAACAGCAGAUGGCUCGAGAAUACAGAGAGAAAAUUGAGACUGAGCUAAGAGAUAUCUGCAAUGAUGUACUGUCUCUCUUGGAAAAGUUUUUGAUCCCCAAUGCUUCACAAGCAGAAAGCAAAGUCUUCUAUUUGAAAAUGAAAGGAGACUACUACCGUUACUUGGCUGAGGUUGCUGCUGGUGAUGACAAGAAAGGGAUUGUGGAUCAGUCACAACAAGCAUACCAAGAAGCUUUUGAAAUCAGCAAAAAGGAAAUGCAGCCAACACAUCCUAUCAGAUUGGGUCUGGCCCUUAACUUCUCUGUGUUCUAUUAUGAGAUUCUGAACUCCCCGGAGAAAGCCUGCUCUCUUGCAAAGACAGCUUUUGAUGAAGCCAUUGCUGAACUUGAUACAUUAAGUGAAGAGUCAUACAAAGACAGCACGCUAAUAAUGCAAUUACUGAGAGACAACUUGACAUUGUGGACAUCGGAUACCCAAGGAGAUGAAGCUGAAGCAGGAGAAGGAGGGGAAAAUUAACCAGCCUUCCAACUUUUGUCUGCCUCAUUCUAAAAUUUACACAGUAGACCAUUUGUCAUCCAUGCUGUCCCACAAAUAGUUUUUUGUUUACGAUUUAUGACAGGUUUAUGUUACUUCUAUUUGAAUUUCUAUAUUUCCCAUGUGGUUUUUAUGUUUAAUAUUAGGGGAGUAGAGCCAGUUAACAUUUAGGGAGUUAUCUGUUUUCAUCUUGAGGUGGCCAAUAUGGGGAUGUGGAAUUUUUUAUACAAGUUAUAAAUGUUUGGCAUAGUACUUUUGGUACAUUGUGGCUUCACAAGGGCCAGUGUUAAAACUGCUUCCAUGUCUAAGCAAAGAAAACUGCCUACACAUAUUGGUUUGUCCCAGUGGGGAAUAAAAGGGAUACUUGGUUCCAGUCACAGGUGUAGUUACUGUGGGUACUUAAGGUUUGGAGCACUUAGAAGGCUGUAGUAGAAAUGGAUUAUCCCAUGGAUAUUACAUGUUGAACCAUAUAUAUCUGUGGAAUACUCAGUCACAGUGUGCACACCUUUGACUGCAGCUGCAGAAGGGUUCCUUUAGUUGUGACCCAGUUUACUCUGGAUAAGGGCAGAAACGGUUCACAUUCCAUUAUUUGUAAAGUUACCUGCUGUUUGCUUUCAUUACUUUUUUUUGCUACACUCAGUUUAUUUGUAUUUAAAUGUUUUAGGCAACCUAAGAACAAAUGUACAAGUAAAGAUGCAGUAAAAAUGAAUUGCUUGAUAUCAGUUAAUUUAACUUCAUGUAUAUCAAGCACAGCAGCAAAACAAAAAACCCAUGUAUUUAAACUUUUUUUUAGGUUUUUUUUGGCUUUUGUGACUUUUUUUGAUACUUGCCUAACAUGCAUGUGCUGUAUAAAAAUAGUUAACAGGGAAAUAACUUGAUGAUGGCUAGCUUUGUUUAAUGUCUUAUGAAAUUUUCAUGAACAAUCCAAGCAUAAUUGUUAAGAACGUGUAUUAAGUUCAUGUAAGUGGAAUAAAAGUUUUAUGAAUGGACUUUUCAACUACUUUAUCUACAGCUUUUCAUGUAAAUUAGUCCUUUGGUUCUGAAAGUUCUCGAAAUUGUACAUUUUUGGAAAUUUAUUCCUUAUUCCCUCUUGGCAGCUAAUGGGCUUUUACCAAGUUUAAAUACAAAGUUUAUCAUAACAAAAUACUACUAAUAUAACUACUACUGUUCCCAACCAUGUCCCAUACUCCCCCUACGCCUGGAAAAAAAAAUGCACUUUUUUUUUUUUAAAGGUGGGGGAAUUGAUUGGAAAAAAGUAAUGUGUUCCAUUUAAAAUUUUAUUUCUAACUUAGGAAGCCACAAUGUUCUUGGCCUAUCAUAACAUUGGGUAGCAUUAACUGUAAGUUUUGUGCUUCCAAAUCACUUUUGUUUUUAAGAAUUUCUUGAUACUCUUAUACUCUGCCUUCAGUUUUGAUGUUUGUUCUUCCUGUUGUCAGAUGUACAGGAUUAUCUUUUUUAGCCUUGUGUCUUGUCACCAACCAUUCCUAUUUGGUGGCCAUGUGCUUGGAAAAAAAGGCCGCAUGAUCAUUCUGGCUCCACUCACUGUCUAAGGAUACCCUGCUUCCUUUGCUUGCAUCCCACAAACUAUUCCCCUCAUCCUAUUUACUGCAGCAAAUCUCUCCUUAGUUGAUGAGAUUGUGUUUAUCUCCCUCUAAACCUUAACCUAUCUUGAAUGGUCUGUCAUUGUCUGCCUUCCUCUUCCUCUCUCUAAAUAAUGAUGGGGCUAAGUUACACCCAAAGCUCGUCCUACAGACUAUUUCCUCUGUAUCUUGCAGAAAACACCAAACAAAUACCAUUUUAAAAGAGGUGUAUUUUUUUUUUUCUUUUAGAAUGUAAGCUCCUCAAGAGCAGGGACAAUGUUUUCUGUAUGUUCUAUUGUGCCUAGUACACUGUAAAUGCUCAAUAAAUAUUGAUGAUGGGAGGCAGUGAGUCUUAAUGGUAAAGGUGAAAAACUGAAACCCCGAAUACUGUUUUGUUGCUUGUUUUAUUAUGACCUCAGAUUAAAUUGGGAAUUAUCAGCCCUUUAGGACAACUGUCCCAAAUACUACGUUCAAAUAAAAGUGCAAUGGAG